CAUUGAGCACUUUUAAAAGGUAUGCCAAGAAACUAGCUAGUAUAGUAUUGCUUUAGAUUAUAUAUUGAUAAGAUUUAUUUCCAGUACUAAUGCAAUUUUAUUGUUUAUUUUAUCUUAACAUAGAUUAAAUCAUGAAGAAAACAGCAAUUUCAGCUCUAUUUCUCCUUGGAUUUAUGCUGUUUCAUUAUGAAGUUGAUGCAAAAAGAUUCAUGUUGGGGGAGAAAACAAGUUUGCAGGCUGCAUAUGCAGAAGCAAAGAUGAAACCAGAUGAUGCAACUGAUGCUAAUAACAAGCAUACUGAACAGCCCACAAACUCGAGCACAUCCGAGAAACCAGUACCUGAUACAAAGAAAGGUAGCAACAAUGAAGAUGAAGCUGCAAACAAUGGGUAUGGAAGUUACGGUGAACCGUCUGGAUCAUCAUCUCCUGAGAGUCACCGUUCCUACAAUAAUGAUCAUCAGCCUGCAGAUGAAAUGCGGCAUUUCUUUUCUCCAUUUCUAUUCACAUGCAUGUUGUUCAUUAGGUUUUCUAGAGCAGCAGCUGAUUGCAGUAUUGGAAAUGGCAGGUCUCUCUUUGAAGAUGCAACAGUUGUCGAUAAGUCGGGUCUCGGAAAUUUUAACACGAUUCAAGCUGCCAUUGAUUCCAUUCCUCAGAACAACAAUUUCUGGAUCAAACUUGAGAUUAAUCCCGAUGCCUUGUGGGAUGCAGAAGGUCGCCACUACUUUCACAAUUGCUACAUUCAACGUGGCAUAGAUUUCAUCUUUGGAAGUGGUCAGUCUUCCUAUGAGCACAAGGCCGGCAAUCUCGAGCGGAUCCAAGCAGCUUCGUGUUCCGUGGAGGCACCAUUUCCGGUGAUCUUCAAGUAUAUUUGGGGAGAGCCUACAACCUUUAUUCCCGAGUGAUAGUCAUCAAUACAACCAUGGAUGCCAAUGUAAUUUGUCAAGGAUGGGAUUCCUGAUCUUACCUUGGACAAGAGUAAGUCACCAAGGACAGCCUUUUUAUGAUUUUUAAUUUUAAUUUUUAAAAAUAAUAUUGUAUAAUCUAAAUUGCACAAUACUUACAUUUAAAUAAAAAUAAAUUUUACAA